AUGGAGCAAGCAGCAAACUGCACCGUUCGCCGCGCGACCGUCCUUAGCGUCUCACCACAACCUCAGGUUCUCGCUGACUUUUGGACCUACUUGACGACCUCAGAGGAGGUGUUCUCGACACAAGUAUCACGGGAUCGUCUCUCAGAGCGCCUGCGAGAUCUCCUGCUAAAGCAAAUCACGCUGAUUGGGGCGCCGCAGGUCCUGGGCGCAUUGAUCCCGCUCGCAAAGAGGCAGCUCGCAGACCAAGGAAGAACCGCUGAGGAGGAGAGGGGCGAGUUGGAUUUGGAGCAGUGGUCCAACACCAGCUUCGCGCACCUACACACCCGAGGAAUCGAAGGCAUCACUUCGAUCUACGGAACAUUGUGGCAACGGAUCUUCAGCACAUUUGGUCCCUACCGACCGCAAAUGGGCAUGCACGAACUGGCGAUCGUGUACGGGCUAUAUCUCUCUGACUUCACCAUCCUAUCAGCUCUCGAGACCGAACUCACCGUCUACACAUCGAUCCAGUGUCAAGGGCACCGCGGGCCGAGCUUGUGGCACGUGCGGGGAAUGGGCCGCGUGCUGGGAGCGAGGGGCUCGGAUGAUGGGAAUGAGAAGGUCCGGCGCGUCAAGGAUGUUCUUAGGGGGAUCAAGGUGGCAGUGAUGAAAGCUGUCGAGUUCUGUGGGCCUGAAAUGGUCCAGCGGAGUAGACUGGAUGGCGGGUCGGACGGGCUGCAGGGCUGGCCUAAUGUUGGCGACGUCGUGAGGGAGCUGGGCGGCUGGGGCGAUGAUGAGGUCGAAGCACAGCAGACCGUUUAA